ACCAUGUGGCUUUAAUGCCAAACUGUCUCUUCAGCCACCCCACCAAACUCUAAAAAAUUGUUUUUUUCUGUGAACGUGCACAAGGGCUCGCUUAGCAUUUUCACACCAAUCCACCCUCACUCCAACCAUCCUCUAUCGUCAAGUCUAACCCACCUAAAGAUUUGGCCAUCACAACAACCGACGACAGAAACACGCCCAACGCACAAAGGUCUUUUAUCGCGAAAGACUUCUCCCGGAUUCCAGUACCAAGUUGGAUUUCUGAGAGUAGUGGGAUAAAUUCAGUCAAGAUGCCUUCCGAAGCAGGUCACAGAUUAUACGUCAAGGGACGUCACCUAAGCUACCAACGUAGCCGACACACCACCCACCCCAAGACGAGUUUGAUCAAGAUUGAGGGCGUCGAUGACACCAACGCUGCCAGCUUCUACCUCGGCAAGAAGGUCGCGUACGUCUACAAGGGCCAGAAGGAGAUCCGAGGAACCAAGAUUCGCGUAAUCUGGGGCAAGGUCACUCGACCGCACGGCAACUCCGGCGUCGUCCGAGCCAAGUUCGCCACUCCCCUUCCCUCCAAGUCUUUCGGUGCUUCUGUUCGUAUCAUGCUCUACCCUUCGUCGAUAUAAGAAGGUUUUGGGCCGGAGUUGGUAGUGGGGAACGGUUCUCAUGAUUGGCUGCAUCUGGGUUAGGCAAGGUAUAAGGCUUCAGCCUUGCGUCUAGCAUCGACAAAAUCAAGGAAGAAUACCAAAGAUAUUCGGAUUGUCUUUGUGAAAUGCUAGUUCCGUGCUGAUUCUCGCUUGACGAGGGAACGAUAUCUCGAUCCAUUGAUGCCAGAACACGAGAAAAUAGUUCUCCAACUUUUCUGCGGUUACCUAACGAUAUCUGAAAGAACACAGAAAUACGGUUGCAUCAUAAUGGUCUUAGAGUGAACCAGAGCAUAGGAAAAAACCAGUGGCAUACCCAACACUAGGUACAGGCGUUAUUCUAUAUUCGAUUCCUAUAACGAUUCCGAGAGUGACGUAGACCGACAUAAAACGAAAUAAAAUAUGUGAAACGAUUCUGUACAAUCUAUGCCUGUUACUUGCUAGAUCUAGGAAUCUC